AUGAGUAAUUGUACAAACAAGGUCACCUUUUUCAACCUUAUCAAAAACUCAGAGAAGUACUUAGCCAAGAACGUCUAUAAUAAACUCAAGAACAUCGAAUACAAUGGAGCAGCCACGAAGAUCAACCUUGCCUUGAGAAAACUUCCUAAGUUCAAGGCAUUCGCCGGACAUAAACUUCAGGUUGAAAAUCUGCUGAAAGGAACCAUCCAUGUCAAUAGCUACUCGAUGGAUUUGCUCAUGGACGCAUACAACCAGACCAAGCGAAACCGUAUCAGUCUUACCCCCUUCAUGGACCUCACUAUUCCCAGCUACACUCCCUACCAUCCCAACAACGGAGAGCUAGUCACGCCGAUUUCCCACGACGAAAUAAAGCGAGUUUUCCUGGAGCAAAUUAACGAAUAUUUGGAAGAGCCACUCGACAUCCAUUUCAUGGACAUUCUCACGCCCUUUGACCUCGAGAACUUGUUGGGUCUUACUGAAGGUAACAUCUUCCACGGAAGCAUCGGGCUUGACAACCUCUUCUCGAACAGAGUUAGCGGAAAAGUUGGCGGUAUUUGGCUUUGUGGAAGCAGUGCGCACCCCGGAGGAGGUGUUAUGGGAGCAGUCGGAAAACAAGUAAGCCAGCGCAUUCUUUCGGAGAAAAUUAUCUGA